CACCAGCAACGCUCCCCAGCUUCCGCGCGGCUUCACCACACAGGCUCAUACUCAUACCCGCCUCACGCCACGCGACCGGCCGUCGCCGGCCAUCAAUGCCCCGGGAUGAGGUCGCUCCUCACGUGCCUUGUGGCGGGCAGCCAAUACCUCAUACACCCACACAAGCUGGUGCGUGUCCUGCCCGUCUGACCCCGGCGCGAGUCCCCCACCGUUGAUGCCAGUCCAGGGCUCCAUCCAAGAGACCAUCAACCCCGAUGCCAUCGUGCCCGUGACGCUGUUGGAGACGCACGAGAUAUUUGGUGACGUUGACGCCACCCUCCGUCUCUUCGACAGCUACGACGACGUCUUCGUGCCCGAGUUCGGCGCCGUGCUAGUCGAGAAGCCCGGCCCGAACGCGACCUCUGCUGCCGCCGACGUAGAGCCUAGCUCUCACGGCAGGCGUCUGUAUCGGCUAAGCGGCGACGUCGAGGUCACGGGUGAUGUCGCCGGCCUGCCGUCAGGGCCGUACUUUCUGUACGGGCCGAAUCUGUAUCAAGCGUGGAGGCUCUACGACGACGACCUCGGCGCCUUUGCCGUUGGCGUGAUUCCGGAAAAUGUCACACACAUGUCCGGCUUCCGUGCCUUGACUGCGCUCUCCGACUCGGGCGCGAGCAAGUCCAUCGCCGUGCCGUCACGACUGUAUCACCAUGCACCCAACGCUAAAAAGCCUCUAAGCGGCAUUCGCGUCGCCAUACCGGAUGUCUCUUCCCUUCUUGGCGUUCAGACGACGGUAUCUAGUCGUGCAUGGCGCUACCUCCACGCACUUCCUGCUGCCGCAACGUCCGUCCUUGCGGACCGACUGCUCGCGAUGGGCGCCGUCAUCGUGGGCAAGACCAAGUCGUCUCAGUUUGGGGACGGAGGCGAAUGGGUAGACGAGCAGGCGCCCUGGAGUCCUCGGGGUGAUGGCUAUCAGAAGCCCGGCCGAGGUGCCGCCGGCGCCGGGGCUGGUGUGGCCGGCUACGAGUGGCUCAAGGCCGCGUUUGCCGUUGAUGGUGAUGGCGGCGUACGGCAACCAGCGGCAGCGCACGGAGUAUACUCUCUGCGUAUGAGUCGCGGUGGUGUCUCCCUCGACGGCACGCAGACAAGCUCUCCGACGUUUGAUUCCGCGGGGCUUAUGGCUAGGGAUGUGCUCGAGCUCUACAAUACUGCAAUGGCGGUGUUGACCCAUGGACGGUCCGAUGUGCCGCCGCCUCCGGGAAGGCUGGUGUAUCCUGCGGACGUCUUUGAUACAGUUCCUUCGAAAGAGCGGCAAAAGCUGAUGGCCCACUUUGUCACAGCGAUGGAGAAUCACCUCGGGGUCAAGGCGGAGCGAAUACGCCUGUCGUCACUUUGGAACCAGCAUGGGCCAGACGCUGCCAAGGAUCAAAGCUUGGGCGAGUAUAUCGGGAAUGCCUCUUUUCGUCUGUAUUGCUACGAGUUCUACCACACGUAUGAUGCGUUCCGUUCCGACUACACAGCCAAGGUUGGGCACGCUCCAUACGCCGAGGCAAGCGUUUUGCACAAGUGGUCGAUUGGAAAGAGCGUCAGCAAGUCAGAAUAUGACGAAUACCAGACACGACUUGAGGUGUUCCGAAAAUGGUUUGGCGAGCAGGUGAUGAACAUUACGAGCGCGGAGCAGCGCUGGACAGCCAUGUUGUUGCCGUUCGAUAGCGAGGCUCCGGACUACCGUGAUGAGAAACCUCGCGAGCCGCCUCACCAGCAUGGCUUCUCGGCCGAGUUGCUGUCAUCGGCUUUGCAGACGCCUCAGGUUGUGGUACCAUUUGCACAACUACCGUAUACGUCACGAAUCAGCGGGAGGAAGGAAUUCCACCCCGUGUACGGGUCCGUCAUGGGGCCUCGCGGCGGCGACUUGGCUGUGGUGUACCUUGUACGGCGGGCGUUUGAAAGUGUGCGGUGGCGGACGAGGGUUGACACGGGGCGGCUAUCCUUCCCAAUCGGAGACAAUGAGCGCAACGUCGAUGACAGACACGUUGCGGUUUCGGGGGACGACCAGCUCAGACGACCUGCCGAGGAGGCAUUGUCGGAUGAGUUGUAGAGCGCCUUGCUGAGUCUUGUCUUUGACGGACCUAGAUGCAGGAAGUACAGGCCUCUAUGGCUGGGCGGCUAUGGAUUGAGCUACCAGCUACGCGCAAUUACCGGACAGCUGGGCGAUUCGGACAUGGUCAGGUGCAGCAUGGUGAACGGCGUUGGCGUUGAUGUGCCAAAUGACGCCCAGCAUGUCCAGUAGGUGAAAGGUAGGCGUUCUAACGUUGUAACCACCACCCACCUGGACUUGUGGGGUUCGUCAUCCGCAACGGGCGCCGCCACGACGCCACUGUCGGAUCUUCCUAGCGCCCCUGGUGCCCCUCGCGGGCCACAGGUGCUGACGGGCGGCAGUGGUCCCAAGCGGGGUCCGUCCGUCCAGCCAAAAUUUCCAUCCAC